CCACUCAUUAGUCAGGCUGCCUCGCCUCGCCGCGCACGUUCCAGCUCCGCCGCGCGCUCGUCUUUACACGUGCUUGUUUCUGUGGUUUCGUUCCGUGCGUGUGUUUGUGUGUUCGGGAUUGUGUUGUGGUAUACAGACAGGUUACUCUACGUAGUGCUUCACUGACCUGGAUUUGUGUUUCUUAAGUUACUGUGCUGGCGUUGCGUGGGAGGAGAAGAUAGAAGAGAAGACGCAAAAGAAGAGGAGGAGGAGGAUGCUACUCUUCUUUAUAGUGGCGAUGGUGCUCAGUGGAGGAGGAGGAGGAGGAGGAGGAAGUAGAGAAGUAGCGGCGCAUUCCCCAGCCGCUGCACCGAAGGAGACGCAGACGGAGGCAGCGCUUCGCAAGAUGGUGGUGUAUCCGAAGGACGCCACUCUGUACCUCGGGGCCCUUUUCCCGAUACACAACAGCGAGAUGGACAUGACCACCGGGGAGGACGUGUGCACCUACCUGCAGAAGCGAGAAGGCAUCGAGGCCCUGGAGGCGCUGCUGUUUGCCGUGGACGAAGUGAACGCAGACGAGGCGCUGCUGCCGGGGAUCACACUAGGGGUCAUUGUUCUAGACUCCUGCAACUCCCCAAGCCUCGCCCUCAACCAGAGCCUCGGCUUCAUCAAGGGCUUCUUGGCGGGACAGAAUCAGUACCACGAGCGAGAGUUCACCUGCACGGACGGCUCCACACCUGUGUACCGCGGCGGCCAGUUUGACAAGGUGGUGGGGGUGAUCGGGGGGCAGCGCUCCUCCGUGUCCGUGCAGAUUGCCAGCGUACUAAGAGUGAUCCAGCUGCCUCAAAUCAGCUACCUCAGCACCUCAGCCUCCCUCGACAACCAACAAAGGUACCCGUUCUUCCUGCGCACCGUGCCCUCAGACGCCACCCAGGCCCAAGCCAUCCUGCGCAUCAUGAGUGAGUUCUCCUGGACCCACGCGGGCGUAGUGUACAGCGCUGAGGAGUACGGCGUAGGCGGGUACCGGGAGCUGUCGAGCCGGGCCAACCAAUACAACGUGUGUUUCGCUUCGCCCGCCCACAAGCUGGCCGCCCACGACUCCGACGACGCGUAUAAGAGGGUCGUGAAGGAGCUGCUCAAGGGGGACUUCAAAGUGGUGGUGGUGUUCGCCAUUCGGGAGGUGGCGGUGCGGCUGCUCAAUAUGGUGAAGCUGAGUGGCCACCAAGACACCUUCAUGUGGCUGGGCUCCGACGGCUGGACCUACGACACGCCCAUGAGCCUGUCAGCCGUAGCGGAGGGCGCCCUGGCCAUCCAGCCUCUGGCCAAGAACAUGCCGGGCUUCGACGAAUACUUCACGAGUCUCGCCCCGGACACCAACACCCGCAACCCGUGGUUUCAGGAGUACUGGCAGCUGCGGGACUCCCUGGAGCCCGCACGCAGCCAGCGGCCGGGCGCCCGCAGCCUGGAAAGCGAGCCUAAGCCCAGCCAGGCGAGCUUCAAGCCUUACCCGCACGAGCCGUGGCUGCACUUCGUGAGGGGCGCCGUGAUGGCCUUCGCCCACGCCCUGCACUCCAUGUGGGAGGAGGAAUGUGGGGGAGAGGAGAGGCUGUGCGAGGCCAUGGCGCACGGCGGACACCUGCACGGCCACCACCUGCUGCAGCACCUGCGUGACGUGUCCUUCACAGAUCUGAGCAACGAGACCUUCCGCUUCACGGCCGCGGGGUCCGGCCCGGCGCGGUACACGGUCUUCAAUUACCAGAAGGUGCAAGACUACGACGACUACGAGUGGAUACCCGUGGGCAGCUACUUCAACAUCACGGGGAAGGCUCCGCAGCUCAACCUCACCGCGGCGCCCCUCAAGUACCGCCGCGGGUCUGACUUCCCCGAGUCUUCCUGCGGGACUCCCUGCGGGCCGACCCAGGAGCGCGUGCCGGCUCAAGACUCGUGUUGCUGGAGCUGCAAAGACUGCCGCCACGACCAGUACUACAAUACCACGGAGGGGAGGUGCCACGACUGCUCAGAGUGCAUGCUGCCUGACCCGGGCCGCCAGCGAUGCGUGCCUAAGGAGGAGAAAUCCAUCGACUACAGGAGCCGCUGGUCCAUCACCUCCCUCGCCCUGGCCAGCCUCGGAAUCUUUAGCACCGUGCUAGUUGGCAUCAUCUUCUGGGUACACUUGGAGACCCCAGUGAUCAAGGCCGCCUCCAGGGAGCUGUCCUACAUCCUGCUGGGGGGGAUCCUGCUGUCCUUCCUCAUGAGCUUCAUCAUCGUGGCGCCCCCCAACAAGAUAUCCUGCGGCCUCACCAGGUUCUUCCUCGGCUUCAGCUACUCAGUCUGCUACGCCGCCGUGCUCACCAAAAUCUCCCGCAUCUCCAGGAUCUUCAACAGUACCCACUCCAAGAAUUCUCAUAAGGCGCGGUACACGUCGCCGUGGAGUCAGGUGGUGAUCGUGGUGAUGCUGGUGAGCGUGGAGGUGGUGAUCAACGUGUGCUGGCUGGUGCUCAGGCCGCCCAGCACCAAGACGCUGUGCUACCCGACUACUGACUACAAAGUGAGGAUCUGCGGUGGGCUGGACGACUACUCCUACAUCGUGGGUCUCAUCUACCCCCUCAUCCUCGUGAUCUUCUGCACCAUCUACGCCAUCAAGACCAGGAAGUGCCCGGAUGGAUUCAAUGAGGCCAGAUACAUCACCUUCACCAACUACACCACCUGCAUCAUCUGGCUCAUCUUCGUGCCUCUCUACCUGUCUGCGGGGGUGACCGACGACAUCAGGGUGGUCACCUUGGCCCUCUCCCUCUCCCUCGGUGGCUUUGUGCAGCUGGGGUGUCUCUUCUUCCCCAAGGUGCAUGUGGUCCUCUUCAAGCCAGAGAAGAACACCCGGGAUGCAGUGAUGUCCGUGGCGCGGCACUCCUCCACCAGGGGCGACUCAGUGUACAAAAAGCAGGGGCCGGACCACCACAGUGCCCCUGCCGUCUUUGUCCUAAAUGGAGGUGGACAUCAGAAUGGAGCGCCCCCCUUGUCCUCGCCAGUGCCUCACCCUGGGCUGCGAGACUCCCCUGGCAGAGUGAACCAGGUGUACAUGAGCACAAUCCACAGCCAGCAAGAGGACAUGGAUUACCUCUAGUUGCUUAUUUAUUACUAUGACCUCUAGUAUUUAUGAUUUAGUUAUACCAUACAUUCCUGCCUCCUCAGCAUUUUAACAUAUACCAAAGUGUUGUUGAUAUAGUACAAAGGUGAAUAGAUAUAGUGUGUGUGUAUGAGAGAGAGAGAGAGAGAGAGAGAGAGAGAGAGAGAGAGAGAGAGAGAGAGAGAGAGAGAGAGAGAGAGAGAGAGAGAGAAUACAGUACUCAUGUUUGUAUACUGGCCCUACAUUUUGAUUUUAGAAUUACUUAAACUACAGUAUUGAUUAUUUUGGUUGUGAUAUGAUGUAAUUGUUUCUUCUGUUUAUGACCAUAAUGACCCGUUGGCACAAAGGUAGAGGAGAGGUGAUACUGAGAUCAUCUUUGCCUCCACACAUACUUAGUGGCUGAAGUGUUGCCUUGAUGCACCUCAUCUGUGUGAGUGUGUUUUGUGAUCUACUCCUGUGAUAUGCUUAUGCCUGUAAUGUGUGUUUCUCAGAUUUUAAAGUAAUCCAUAUUAGUCAUUCUUACAUGAUAAUUUGUUCGUAUGUAUGUUAUUGUUACCAUAUCAUUUAUGUCCAUGUCAUUAGUUUGUAAGUAAUUCAUUUUAAGUUUAUGUUACAAGAUCAUUUAUGUUUAUAACUUUCAUAACCCAUUACUCAUAAAUUAUAGAAACCAUUGUUAAGGUCACCUGUCUUUCAUACAUUCUGUUUUGGUGACUGUGUGCCAUGUUUUCUUUAUAAAUAUUAUACACGUCUAAAGUUUUGUAAUUGUAUCUGCUUAAUGAAAACUAACUACACAUUCUUCCAAAACAAAUUAUCUUCUCAAGUUAUGUAACAAGUUAUGUAACAAAGACAUUUUUUUUAUAUUCCCUGUAUCGUGAAAUAGAGAUGUAAACAUGGGGGAUGGAAAUUUCACUUUGAAGAACCUCAUAUUUCUGUAGAACAAAAUAAAUAGCAAUAUGCAUUUCAAGUAUUUUGUUACUAAUUUUUUAUAUCUGCUUUAUUUGGAAGAUACUUCACAUAUGCAAAAGCAGAUUUGUGUAUCAUAAACAUGUACAGAUUUUUAUGUGUGUAUGGAAUCACUGAGUAUCUCAAUUCUAGCAAUAAAAUGACAAACUUCCAA